AUGUGGUUUUUUCGGGCUCUCUCAUCGGCCAUCUUUCUAACGGUCACCGUUUUGUCGAUACCUCUGGCCUUUGAUGUCGGCGGCAAGACGUGUGGCCUGGCCUUUUCGCUCUCGCUGUCGUCCUUUUAUUUUCUCCUCUCCUUCCUGAGGGUGAUCACUCCCGAACAUUCGCGUUUCCGUGCCUCGGUGAUCGCAGUGAUCCGGUCGACGCAGUGGCUGAUUAUUCCGGUCCUUCUGAUUUGGUCUCUUAAUCGGUUUUCGAUCGACUCGGACAAUAGCGGUGGAUGGGUGGAGCGGACCUUCAAUGGCAAACGCGCGCAAGAUGCUUCGAUUCAUCAGUGGAUCUUCGGACCCAACGGACUGGUCGAGACGCUCACGAUUGGAAACUGGGAUAAGAUUUUGAGAUGGUCUACACCGGUGUUUCAACUCGCAGAGGGGUUCUGCAGCUUGCUGGUCAUCCAAGCAGCGGGCCAGAUCACUCGUUGGCUUGUGAAUCGAGGCGGGCGCAGUGAUAGCUGGAUGAUCUGCCUGUUGGUUCUUUCUGCGUCCGUGAUAUCGAGUUCGGUCUAUUUUCUUUGGCGUGUUCUCCAGUUCCCAGAAAUCUCGAAUGUCGACGCGGCCUUGAUUGGUGUGGCCAUUACGUGUGCAGUGAUACUGUGUACGUGGGGUAUCGGCAGCGGCCGUGGCAACGCAGUGGAAAGUUCAUUGCUCUUCGCCUAUAUUGUCCUCUGCAUCUAUCAGAUUUUCACCGACUACCAGCCAUCUCACCCGAUGGAACAUGCCGCAAUGCCUCCACAGGCCGGAGAUUUUCCCCCGCUCCCUCCGAUCAUUAUGGCAUCCUACACCACUCUUAUACAUGCACUCUCGCUUUUACCAUCUAUUAUUCAUGCUGCGUUCAACGUUGUCACCGCGAUCUUCAGCGCUGUCACCCCUUCUGUGCUGAUCUCUCUCACAUUUCGCCUCUUCGUCUUCUACGCGUCCACACGGAUCAUUCCCGCUGUCCGUGAGUCCGGAGCUCGCGCCUUAUCUCAAGAAGCUUCGUUGGAUGACUCGGACGCUGCCGGUCAGUUACUGGGUCUGAUCAGCUAUUUCUCGCCAUCAAUCCUAGUCGCUGUCUAUACCAGUCUGCUGAUGCAGCAUUUUUCGACGGCAUCACAGGCAAUGGGGGGCAGCGGCGAGUGGUGGAGCAUUCAAAACCCUGGCGGAGGGAAUUUCUGGCGCUGGGUCAAUCUUGCUUGCACCAUGGCCUUGUAUGCGGUCGAGCUUUAUCUCGGCGAACAAGACGACAUCGACAAUGGCCUGGCAGGGCACUGGAAAACAGACUGA